AUGUUUAAAGCCAGCACCACGGCACUCACGCGAGGCUCUUCUUCUCUCGUGUAUUCAUCAUACUAUCGGAAUUUGUUUUAUUCACGAGUAUGGCAUCGGUUCAUGUUUAAAUCAAAGAGUUGGAUAUGGAGGCAUGGAGGAGUUGCAAAAGCCACCGAAGAAGUCAUUUCUGCUUUUUAUCCUCAUUUAGAAGAAUUAUCAAAGAAGUGUGGAAGAGAUUUGUUGUUGCCUUGGUUCAUGUCCAUUUCUCAAUCCAUUUCAUUGGGUGGAUUUUCCGAGAAUAAUCGAGUGAAGGAGAUUUAUUUCCAUGGUGCGGAUUACUUUAAAUCAUUAUGGAAUCAUAUCGAUCGAGCAAAGAAGAGAGUAUUUAUUGAUUGUUAUACAAUUUCAACAGACCAAACAGGAGAUAAGACGCUAGUAAAGCUUAUUGAAGCAGCACAUCGAGGAGUUGAGGUUAUAUUGACUGUGGAUGCCUUCGGAAGUUAUCAUAUUGAUUUUGAGAAGGAAGAUUUAAUCCAAGAAUUAAAAGAUGCAGGUGGAAAAGUGUUAAAAUUUAAUGAAAAGGAUUUAAAGCUUAUAUAUUUCUUUUUGAGACAUCCAAGCAGGUCUCCCACACUGAGAAAUCACAAAAAAGUGUGUGUGAUUGAUGAUAAAAUUGGCCUCAUUGGAGGAAUGAAUAUUGAAAAUAGAUACUCAAAUCCUUUUGACAGACAAAUGUAUACUGAAGAACAAUUAGAGAGGGAAAUUACUGCAGAGGAAGGUGAUAGAGGUGUUUUAGAUGUGCCACCCGAUGAAAACUUACUUGAUGAAUUGGACGAAUAUAUUGAAAAGGGAAGAUCCAACACGACCGAUUUUAAUGUACUCUUGUCUGGAAUUGGAGAUAUGCGUGAUUUACACUGUAUGGUGGACGGACCGUGUGUAUCUUACUUGACACUUUCUCUAUUGUUUAGUUUGGAGCAAUCGAAUUCUAAAUAUGGUAAAGCAUUAGCUUUGAAUUUCCCUAAGGAGGAUAUUUGUACUGCCGACAGAGAAUUUGAGCCAGAGUCAUUGCAGGAUUUCAUUGAAGAGGCAGACGUACCAAAAGAUAUCAAUCGUAUGGAGUUUUCAAAGCAAGCCACAACAGCACAACAAACAUCUUCAAAUUCCAUGAGCGAAGAACGAAGAUUUUCUCAAGUUUUAUUUUCAGAUCCCAAAAAGCACAAAACUGCUCUGUAUAAGAAUAUUUGUAAUGUGAUUAAGAAUUCCACAAGUCAUUGCUACAUUUCUACGCCAUACUUCUAUCCUCCUGAGAGAUUACGAGAGGCUUUAAUAACUGCAAGGAAAAAUGGCUGUGACGUGAGGCUAUUAACAUGUGGACGAAGUGACGUGCCAGGAAUGAGGUACAUAAGUACCUAUAUUUAUGAAGAUUAUUUAAAACAUGGUAUAAGGGUUUAUGAAUAUUUUGGCAAGACCCUCCAUGCCAAAUACAUGACGAUUGACGGAUUUUUCACAUCCAUGGGCUCGUACAAUCUUGACAAAAUGAGUCUCGAAACAAAUCUCGAAGUAGGAAUUCAACACUAUGACAUUAAAUUGGCUAAAGAGCUCGAAAAAGACUUUAAGCGAGAGUUGGAAGUCUCAAAAGAAAUAUUGCUUGAGGAUUGGGAAAGGAGGCCCUUCAAACUGAAAAUGAUGGGAUUUAUUUGGUAUUGGAUUUAUGAGCUGUUUGGACCAGAAGGAAAGUUGACAUUCAAAAAGUGGGUUUUCAACAGUCAUAAAUAA